AUGACUUCUUCAAAUCCUAUAGUAAUAGACUGGUCUUCAUCAUCACACUCGUUUAUUCGCAUAGAUGACCCUUCAUUUUCACAACAUAUUUCAUAUUAUCCAAUUCCGGAUAUUGAUUCUCAAGCUUUUCCGAAUAAUAAUCAGGAGGACUAUCCAAUAAAAGAUUUUUCUUCUAUAUCUCCCAUUUCUUUAACGACGACUCCACCUAAUGUCGAUAAUUCUUUUCUCAUUUCUUUCAAGAAAUUUCACGUGACCAAAAUACACAAAGCCGGUUAUAACAAGAUUUACGAAUUUAGACGUUCAAAAAGUUUCUUUUUUGAGAUUGUUGAUCACCAUCUGGACACCAAUCAACUUCAUUUACGGAUACACACAAAUGAUUAUCUCAUGUCAACUAUUCCUAUUAAGUAUCAUUCCACAAGUGCACUACCAAACGCCAAAUAUCAAAUUAGCAAAGGUCUUCAGCAUUUUUUUUCCUCACAAAAAGUUAUUCCACGUCGUAUUCAAAAAAAAUAUUUUGAUAUGAUACGCAAUAAAUUAUUAGAUAGAAUCAUGUUUAUCAAGUCACGUGAGAGUAAAAUCAACAAUAAGAAUACAACAACGAAAACUUUUUUUAAUUUCUCGUACAAAAGAUAUAGAUUUCAUUUUGGUAUCUUUAUCCCUUACGACUAUAAGAUUGAGGCAAAAGGUUUAUCUAUUCCACCUCGACUUUGUGAGGUCCCUUGUCCUAUAGUAAUGUCUAAUAAUAGAUAUGGAUGUGGCUUACAUUUUUUUCACAAAUACCCAGCUGCAAUAGCUUUUGUACGAAACGAACAUGGUGAUUUUACAUUUAAAAAUCAACAUCAAGAUAAACAGUUCCACGCUAAUUUGACAUUUGACCGAUGA